AUGAAACAUAUAGGAAUUGUUGAUAUUACAACAGUUGGUGCAUGUUUAUGUGCAAAUGAAAUUGUUGCACAAGCAGCAAAACUUACUUCAUCAAAAAAACAUCCAGAAUUUACAAUGCAUGCAUUUUCUUAUGAUGAAUAUUACGAAUAUAUUCAUAAAAAAGAUUGGAUUAGUUUGAGUAACAAAAUAUGUGAAUCAAUUAAAUUACUGGAAAAAGUUGGUGCUGAUUUUGUUAUUAUUCCAUCAAAUACUCCUCAUUAUUCUAUAGAAAUGAUUGAAAAGAACUCACCAUUGAAAGUAAUUAAUUUAAUUGAAAUUGUUGCUGAUGAAUGUCAUAGAAAAGGUUAUUCAAAAGUUUUAGUUCUUGGAACAAAACUGACUAUGCAAGGAGGAUUAUAUAAUAAAGUAUUAAAAUCAAGAAAUAUAACAUCGAUUACUCCUACAGAUGAUAUUUGUGAUAAAAUUGAAAAUUUAAUACGAAAUGAAAUUAUUCCAUCACAAAUAAAUUCAACAACGGUACAAAAUAUUCAAAAUGAUAUUAAAAAAUAUGAUUGUGAUGCAAUUAUUCUUGGAUGUACAGAAUUACCUGUUGUAUAUAAUGAAAACAAUCUUGAAAAACCUGUUGUUGAUACAACUCGUUUACUUGCUCAUUAUGCUUUACAAUUCGCUAGUGAAGAUUAA